AUACUGCACAUAUAAAUGAAUCCAAUUCAUUCAUUGGAUUUAUACAAAUCCAUAGAUCUUGUCAGAGAGCCAGAAAAGACAAAAUAUGGAUAAACUGUUCCUGGUUUCCUUGCUUAUUUUCCUGACAGUGACACCUGGAGUUGCAGGAAACAUGCAAGAUGAUAAAAUACGCAUACUUGGAGAGCUUGAAGAGCUGGACAUAGCAGAAGAAAAUGAAGAGGAAAUUCUUGAUAUCCCAUCAUGGACAAGCGAACAUGGUGGAAAGGUUCUUGUAAAUGUGGAUAGCUUUGGUGCAAUUGGAGAUGGAGUUUCUGAUGACACACAGGCUUUCCGAGAAGCAUGGGACACAGCAUGCUCUACACCAAAAUCAAUUUUAUUAGUUCCCCCAGGACGUCAAUAUCUGGUUAAUGCAACAAGGUUUAAGGGACCAUGUGAAGAUAAGCUAAUUAUUCAGAUUGAUGGAACCAUAAUAGCACCUGAUGAACCUAAAAAUUGGGACCCGAAUCUUCCUCGACUCUGGCUUGAUUUCUCUAAGCUGAAUAGAGUCAGCUUCCAAGGAAAUGGAGUUAUUGAUGGCUCUGGCAGCAAGUGGUGGGCAUCGUCUUGCAAGAAGAACAAGACAAAUCGUUGCAGAGGGGCACCAUCAGCACUGACCAUAGACUCUAGCUCAGCUGUAAAGGUUAAAGGGCUAACAAUCCAGAACAGCCAACAGAUGCAUUUUGUCAUUUCCCGGUGUGACUCUGUGCGCAUUUCUCAAGUACAAGUCUCAGCUCCGGGAGACAGUCCCAACACCGAUGGGAUCCACAUCAGUGAAUCAACAAACAUUGCUCUUGAAGAUUGCAAAAUUGGAACAGGAGAUGAUUGCAUCUCAAUUGUCAACUCUUCCUCUGCUAUCAAGAUGAAGAGAAUAUAUUGUGGUCCAGGACAUGGAAUCAGUAUUGGAAGCCUUGGGAAGGACAACUCUACAGGCAUAGUCACAAAAGUGGUAUUGGAUACCGCAUUCUUAAAGGAGACUACAAAUGGAGUCAGGAUUAAGACUUGGCAGGGGGGCUCUGGUUAUGUUCGUGCUGUACGUUUUGAAAAUGUGAUGGUGGAAGACGUAGCAAAUCCCAUCCUUAUUGAUCAAUUCUACUGUGAUUCCCCAACAGUCUGUCCAAACCAGACUUCCGCUGUACAAAUAAGCCAGAUCAUGUACCGAAACAUUAGUGGGACAACUACAAGCCAGAAAGCAAUGAAGUUUGCUUGCAGCGACACAGUACCGUGCACCAACAUUGUCCUGAGCAAUAUCGACUUAGAGAAUAAGGAUGGCACGGUAGAGACUUACUGCAAUUCUGCUCGAGGAUUUGGUUACGGUAUAGUGCACCCUUCAGCAGACUGCUUAAGCGGUGAAGACAAAGACUGUGUUGUUAUUGAUCAUAAAGAAACUGCUGAGCUUAUUGAACCAACCAUGGAUGAUCAUAUUGUUCACACUGAGCUCUAAGCUCCGAGCUCCUUAUAUACACAAAAAAAAAAAAAAAAAAAAGUCAGAAAAAAAUACCAUAAGAUCUAGUAUAUAUACUAAUUAAACACAGUACAUGAAUUAGGCUGUAGGAAAAGAGGUCUGAGGAGGUUUGAGGUAUCCAUGCUAAAUUCUUACGGCAAAUUAUGGUUUAGAUAUUGUACGGACUGCAUUGAUAUCAAAGAUUAUACUGAUAUUACUAUUGCAAGGAGAGAAAUAAUUCAAUGAAAUUACUCAUUUCAU